AUGGCCUCCAUCCUGAACCGUUUCUCAAAGGAUCUAAACAACUCUAUUAAUCAGGUGCAGACCGACCUGCAGUCAAGCAGAUUCGCGCCCCUUCAACGUAGGACCUCCAAUACUUCGAUACGCUCUUAUUCGAGACCGCCCUCAGUGUCGUCUAUUGGCAAUCCGUACAAAUCGGCGCCCUCUAAUCCGCAGAUCACCAGCGUGAGCGCUAAUACGGUGACACCAGCCACGAAUUUGCUCUCCUCUUUCACUUCGAACCUCCCUCCUGCACUCGAACGCAAGUCCGCUGGAAUAAUGGAGUCUGUGCCUGUACCGAAUGCGCCUCCCGGGGCUCCGCCGCUUCCGGCUUUGCCCGCCGAUAUCCCAGUCCCCAACCCGGUAACGCUGCUCGAUACCGAGAAGCCUUUCAAGGAGCGAGUGAAGAUCGUGCUCAGGGAGUUCAGGGAGAUGUUCUCCUCCAUCGCGUACAUCUUCUGGGUACCGCUCAGCUGGUUCUUGACAUUUGCGCACUCCAGCGUGGCGCUCUUCAAAACUAUGAUGCUUCUUCCGCUCACCAUUGUCAUCAACAUCUAUGAGCGUCGCGUCCGCGCUAGGUUCCCCGGUCUGCCUUCCGUCUGGCUUACCUUGAACCUGCUCUUCCCCAACGGGUUCUUCCCGUCAUUCUCUAGCGGGGAGGAUCUUGGCAAGAAGCAUGGAGCCUCGACGAACGGAACAGCAGCGAAUGACUUGCCGACUCUCGACAUCGACAUGGACGCCAUUCGAGCGGGGAACUCGGAUGCAAUUGCUAGUUCGAUAUCCAAUAUUCAAGGCGCUCUAAAGAGGAAGUGA